GCGUGAACGCUUGAUUUAGAAAACUUUUUAAAGGAUUAUGCCUGCAGCAUAGCUUACUAGACUAAAGCGAGACAUUUAGUUUUCUUUUCUCAAAUGGUUUCAUUCAUCGCAUCUGACAAAGACUGAUUAGAAAUUGAAAUGUGACAAACCAGCACAUUUAACCUUAAUUGUGAUCUAAGUUGUGCCAGAGGUUCUGCGUGUCUCGUCGGUUGAGACUUGUAUUUAAAUAUAUUCAUUUAGAAAACAACCGCCAAACCCACCAGUGUUAUUUCCGACCAAGCUGCAGGUGCAGCAGAUCAAUUGUGAUGAAGCGAGGGCAGGAAAGGGGAAGUCUCUUCUGAACCACGGCAGAUUUCUUCUAGUCAACACCCCCGCUGAGCUGAACUGUAUUAACCGCUAAGCCAAAGCGCAAUGAAUAACACAGAUUGUCAACGGAUCAGCUUUGACUUCUCCGGCAAGUUUCUGCCUCCUGUUUACAUCUUAGUCUUUAUUGUUGGUCUGGUAGCUAAUGGAUGGGGAUUGAAGGCUCUGCUGCAGAACUGGAAGAAAAUGGGUAACGUCAAUAUUUUUGUCCUAAACCUCGGACUUGCAGAUUUUCUGUACCUGCUCACGUUGCCAUUUUUGGUGUCGUACCACCUCAUGAAGAACAAAUGGAUCUUUGGAGACGUCGUCUGCAAGAUAACCCGAUUCUGCUUCAACCUGAAUUUAUAUGGCAGCAUUGGGUUCCUCACUUGUAUCAGUGUGUACAGGUACUUGGCCAUCGUGCAUCCAAUGAGAGCCAAGGGAAGAAUAACGGUGGCCCACUUUGUAGGGAUCUCCCUCACGGUUUGGCUGUUUGUGGCCGUUCAAAGUCUCCCAGAGAUGUUCUACAGCAAAACAUAUGGAAACCGGACGGUGAAAUGCUACGACACCACCAGUGACCAUCACGUGGAGGAUUACCUGAGGUACAGCCUCGGAAGGACUCUCACUGGGUUUUGCAUCCCGUUCCUUGUCACGCUGGGCUGCUAUGGACAUGGGAUUCUUUUGCUCUGCCGCACAAAAACCGCGGACAAGGUGCUGAAACGGAGAUGCUUGAAGCUGUUGUGCAUCUUGAUUCUGCUGUUCGUCGUUUGUUACGUCCCCCAUCACAUAUUCAAGAACCUCAACCUCUGGUCGAGGGUUCUGGCCAGACAGAAGAUGUGCAGCGGUUGGUUCAAUGGAGUCUUCAUCGCUCACCAGAUAAGUCGCGGCCUCGUGUGCCUGAACAGCGCUCUCAACCCGUUGGUUUACUUCCACGCAGACGAAGAGAUUACUGCUGAGCUCAGAUCAAGAGUCCAGCGAGGUCGUCAGAUGAUCCAGUGUGUCGGUUCGGACUCUACUAGAGAGUCCAUCAGCCAGAACACAUGUGAAGUUUAGAGCAUGAGAAUACGGGGGUUUAAUGUGUUACAUUUUAUGAAUGUAAUAAUAUACUGUGUCAUUCUGAAACAUUUGCUGUACACACAAGUUAAUAUUCGCAUUAUGCUGUUUUGAGGCUUUCUUGUUUUAGUUGAAAAAGUAUCUUUAAUAUACCGUAAAGGUAACUUACUUGGUAACUGAGUUUGUUUCUUGUUCUGUGGAAUGUGAAUUUAAAUGAAAUUAAGGGAUUCAUGUAUAUAUCACCACGGUGUAGAUCAUCCCAUCUAGUUUUCAGGUCAAGCAUUUAGCCACACUCUUUAUAAUUAAAAGCAGAAUUUUGGGGUGUUAAGGAAAAGGAUUUAAUAAAAUGUGUUUUUCUUGUAAAUAAAUGAACAAUAAAUAAACAAAUAUAAACAAA